GGGACUAGCCAUUGGUUCAAGUCACGAGCAAGCAAUGCCUUCAAUAGGGAACAUGGCCAUUCCAAACGAGUUCCAGCAAGAAUCGGAGCAUGCUGUUGUUACGAGGUGUGAAAUUGAUUCUAAGAGCGGAUUCAAAUCUCAUGAUCUGUACGUGUUGAAUGAGCGUUCCUACUCGAAUCAGUUUGCUCCCAUGUACUUCAACCGACUACAGGUGUUGAGGCCAAGGGUGUCCCACAGUGCUACGAAGAAGUGGGCCAAUGAGUCCAUCAACGGCACCAAAGUGGUCAAGAGGGAUAAGGUCUUGGACGUGAAGCCCUCUGAGCCCAGCUGGGUCAUUGGUACGGUGUAUAUGGAGAUGAAGUACAAGCCUAACAUCCUGGAGGAGGUUAGUAAGAAUAACGUCAACGUUGACGUGUCCGGGAUAGAGUCAUAUGUGGAUCAAGAUCUUGACGAGAUAUACCUGGAGGACGAAAGUGGUAGGAUUCUCCUGGAUGGUGAUAUCUUUAAGUCUACUGUGCUUUGCACUGGUGUUGUUGUUGGGGUCUUAGGUAUGGAGACGAAGCCGGGAUGCUUUACCGUUGUUGAUAUUGUUUAUCCAUUAAUGAGCGCACAGAAGCCCACCAGAGCUUCACAGGGGAAAGUGGCUAUCUGCUCAGGCUUACAAUUCACUGGAAUCUGGGACGCUAAGCACGCCCUAUUGCAAGAUUACCUGACUGGUGAACUCGGCCAUGACUCUUCACAAUUGACACGUCUUAUCAUUGCCGGUAACUCUGUUAGGGUGCAAGAACAAGAUCAAGUCCAGCAGAGGAAUAAAUACGGAGCUAAGAACAAGUCCAACUUUUCGCAACAAUCCAUCAGCCAGCUGGAUUCAUUUAUCCAUGCUUUGUUACCUUCAAUACCAGUUGAUCUAAUGCCAGGCGAAUCUGAUCCAGCAGAAAUAUCACUUCCACAGCAACCUCUUCACAGAGCACUGUUCCACAAGUCACAGAGUUAUCUCAAAUCAAAUAACUUCAACACUCUGACAAAUCCACAAUGGUUCCAAUUCAACGAAUUGAGAGUUUUGGGCACCAGUGGAGAAAACGUCAAUGACGUUUAUAAGUACGUUGUACCGGACUCUCUACAAGUUUCCAGAUUACCAAUUGUGGAGGCUUCACUCCACUGGCAAAACAUCGUGCCGACUGCACCGGACACAUUGGCAUGUUACCCUUUUGAAAGGGAUCCAUUUACUAUGACAGAGACUCCACAUGUCUAUUUCAUAGGUAACCAACCACGGUUUGAGACAAAGUUACUCUCCUUAGAGAGAGGGCAGGUAAGAAUCAUCUGCGUUCCAGAUUUUAACAAGUCUGGUCAAUUGGUUGUAUUGGACACAGAUACCUUAGAUGCCAAUGUUGUUACGAUAUCGUCAUAAUUCGAUAGUUCAUAGUGUAUUUAUAUACAUGAUAUAGAUGGUAUAUUUACAG